AUGAAGUUCUCUACACCAGCCCUUCUUCUUGCUUCCAUUCCAAUCGCCUUUGCUAGCCCUGGCAGCUAUGGAUAUGGAUAUGGAUAUGGAUGUGACUGCGAGAAGGUUGCUACUGUAACCGCUACAUCAACAUGCACGGUCACAAAGUCAAUUCACGACCCUCCGGCCAUCGAGACCGUCAAAGUCACUGUACCGAUCUACAAAGCGCCAGCCACCAGGACUGUCACCAAGAUCGUUACCCCCCCGGUCACUAAGACUGUUACCAAGGCUACCACCGUCACAGAGCCCAUGUACAAGGCCCCAAUCACCAAGACUGUCACUAAAGCUGUCACCACAUACGGUUGGAAGCCUACUGUCACCAAGUACCACAACGAGCCUGCAUACACCAUGUACAAGACCCAGACUGUCACUGAAUCUAUCACCAAGCCCUGCGCUGAUCACGGAAAGCCUCAGUACAACAUUGGCGUUUAUGACAACUCUGGAUAUGAAAACUCUGGGAGCGGGGACUACUAUGCCUGA